AUGGCGGAGCACUUGACGCGCUUCGCGGACGACGAGCGCACCAUGCCCGUCGUGUGGCACCAGACGCUGCUCUGCUUCGUGCGGCGAUGCAAGUCAGAGGUCCGCGCCGCGGGCCGCGAUGCGUUCAGCCGCUUGUGCGCGGCGCGGCAGCACUGCCAAGUGACGCCCAAAGCGCAGCAGGAGCUGGACCACUCGGCGGCGCGGGGCGGCGGCGAAUGGCAAGCACAUGCUGGAGACCCGGCUGGCCUUGCGUUUCUU